UUUACAUCUCAGCAAUUUAAUUAUACACAACCUAAAUCGAUAGACUUUCCAUAUAAGUGUCCACAUGAGUACUUUCCUGAUCAUUUUUGUAUGAUGAAGUACCUGUUCACCUACAAUUUCACUGCUGGCUUUUUGUGCACUUUUCUGUAUAUAGGAAUAUUUCUUAUGCCACAAGCCAAGAUAAAGGUGUAAUUUGACCAGCUGUCUCUUGCCAAGGUUUAUCCCUUACAGUGUACUUUGACCACUUUUACAGAACAUCAUAUUUCCCUCAGAAUGCCUACUCAGUGUGCCGUUGACAGCUGUGCUGCCGCAGUCUACCUCAUCAUUUCUGAUCAUAGACAUUGAAGUCUAGUGGUAUAUUUGAAGUGGACAAAGGAGAGAAAUAUCCAACAUUGAAGAAAGAUUACCAUGAAGAAAAGUGUUCAGGGAGUUGGUCGUUGUAAAUUUUCAUUUUGGUUUGCUGUGUUUCAUGACAUUUUUGGUUUGCUGGUCCUCUUGUCUGGUGUGUUUUGGGAUAUAUUUUUCCAUGACUUUUUGAUCUAUGCCGGAUCUGUGAUCAUUUUUCUGAGCCUUAUAUGGUGGGUGUUCUGGUACACUGGUAACAUUGAGGUGCCUCCUGCAGAGUUGGACGAAGAUGUUACGCCACAUCAAAGAAAAAAGGGGAUUUCAGGUGUUGUGCGCAAAGUCUCCAACCGUCUUUCAAAUGGUCUAAAAAAUUCCUUUAGGAAAAGUGGGACAUCCAGCGGGCAGGUGGGAAGCUCUUGGCUGAAUGGCACCAACGGGACAGUUCCAGCAGAGCAGCCUUCCAUCUCCAUGGUCUCCUAUAUGAACACACAACCAGUGGGGAAGACCAACAACUUGAACAGAGAACCAAUAUCAGUAUAACCUAGAGUGGUGUGAAGAUCAUUGAUUGAACUGAACCUACAACUGAAUCUACACACUGUCAAGAAUGCACAUGACUGAAAACAUAUAGUAAAUAUAUUGUGGAGUCAUUUCUCAUUUCUUCACAGUUGAUUUACUUUUUUAUGAUACUAUGUAAAUGUUCUGGGUAAUGCAAUGACUGUUGAAUAUAUUUCCAAUAUGAUUAAAUGAACUGUACUUGAUUACCAGUGAAAUACUGAAAUAUUUAUUUAAUGUCUUGCUGGGAAAGCUCUGAUUUCUUCAGUUGAUACAUCUUCAAUUCAUCUAACUCAAUAUGCAUUUUUUCUCACCUUAAAGAUAUUGUGACAUAAACACCAUCGUAUCUAAGAUGAUAAAUGAUAAUAUUGUGGGACUAUAUAUAGAAUCAUUUCCAAAAUAAAAAUUUUACUCUUAAAUUUAAAAAAUGAAUAAAUUUUUUCCCAACUGCCCCCAACUCAUAAGCAGUGGAGCUUCUUAAGUUGUAUGGGAAAAACAUCUCAGGUAGCUCCUCAGAAAGCUGCUGGAGCGAAUGUUGAGAAUGUCCAAAAUGCAUUAAAACAAAGGGAGGCUACUUUCUGAAAGGAUCUGUAUUAGUUUAGAUCUUAGUGUUGUUUGGAUGUGAUGUGAUGUUUUAUUGUAGUUUUAGGUUUUCCUGUUCUAACAUGAUUCAGUUCAAGAAAGACUUGACCAUUAGGCAAAACAUGAAACUGGUCUGGAGAUCCACUGACAUGGCCUCAAAUAUACAAUUACCAGGAUAAGUGCGAUAAAAUAAGUAUGAUUUAAUGAUGCUUUUGGGAUAUGGCUGAAAAUUAAAUUGUUCCAGAAACACAUAGUAGAUAUUUUAUAUAACAUUAUAUACAAACAUCAAAAUUGACAAUUUACUAUGAUUCUAAAGUCUAAUAGUAAUAUUAAUAGGGAGUUUGUCCCUCCUUGACUACAGUCACAGCCUCUUCUGGAAAGGCUUUACACUAGAUGUUGGAAGAUUGCUGUGAAGAUUUGAUUGGAUUCAGCCGCAAUCAAAUAGUUAGGUAAGGUACUGAUGAUGGAUGAUUAGUUCUUGAACACAAACACCACUCCGACUCAUCCCAAAGGUAUUCACUGGGCACGGUGACCUUAGGCUCAUGUGCAGCUGCUUCAGAGCAACCCUUUCUAGUGGAAGUGCUUUUCUGUGGAGAUUAUGCAUUGUGUGUGUGCAGGUGUCCAAAGUAAUUAAAAUCUACUAAGAAGAAGAAUUGUCUGGAUAGUUUUAAAGAUGUAGUGGAUGUUUUUGUAUGUUUAUCUCUUUUAAUCCCAGUGUCAAGUAGAAUUUUUUUUAAUAAUCUUUGCACACUUUUUAUCAUAAAAAGUGAGACAAAGCAGAAGUGACAGAGACCUCUGCUAUGACUUCAUAGGUCUACAUAAUGUGACAUAUAAUAAGUUCAGUAUGCCUUGCAUUUUGAAUCCUGAAUCUUCAGUCAUCAUGAGACUGUACUUAGGAAAAGGAGAAAAGAGGAGCAUGAUCAUAAGACUGUACUUAAACCUUUCUCAAGGUUAAUAAAACCAGAACUUUUGGGUGAGCUUGUUCAACUGUAAAGGGACUUCCCCUUCCCCUCAGUGGUUAUUUACAUACUGGAAGUAUAAAUGCUGCUUGCUCUUUAAUAGGGUACAUUCAGAGCUCUCAGUAAAAGAUGAUUCUGUACGUAUGGCUUUUACUUUACAUUACUACUGUUGCUGAGAGUAAAUGUGCCAAGAAUUAUUACUAUGAUGGACUUCUGGAGGAUUGUCGGCACUGCUCCAUUAGAUGCAACUCUCCCCCAACCAUUUGCACCACAUAUUGUAGGCCUACCUCGACAUCAGGCAAUGAAGCUAGAGAGAACCAAAACGUGCGCACAAUCCUAAUAGUGCUGUUUGUAUUUCUUGGAGCUUGCACCGCUCUGACUUUAAUUCUGCAGGUCAUUCGAAGGAAGGCCUGUAAACACGUCCCCCUUGCAAAAGCUCAAAAACAAGAUUCAUCUGAAAGUGAGAGAGGAUCUGAUGUAACUGAGCAGUCUGAGGAUGCAGACGGAUUUGCAGCUGCUAAUGGAGCAGCAGAUAUAGAAAAGGGAAUAAACCCAGCUCACUACAACUCCAACCUCCCUCUGCCCUCCACUGAGGAGGGUACCACUGUCCUGGUCACCACAAAGACCGUGCAAAUGUAUAAUUGUAGUACGCAUUACACACAGGGAGUAACAUCAGGCAUCUGGAGAACUGGCACUGUGUGAGCAGUAGGCUACCUCCUUAACACAGGACAGACUGACAAUAUACUGUUUUUCUUGAAAAAAUUGACAGCUCAAGAGGAUUGCAACUCUGAUUAAGCAAUAGAAUUGAUUAGUUUUAGUAUGUAAAUGAAGAAGCAUGCCUACUUUUAAAUCAACUGCUCAGUGUGAUACAGUGGUGCUGGUCAGGUGGGUAGCAACAUGUUCAAUGUAACAUGUAACAUGUACACAUGUCUAAUUUUGAUGGAUUUACAUUUUCAAAUGAUGAUAAUUUUACUUCAAUUGAAGUAUGUAAGUAUGUUUGUGAAGAAAAUUAAUCUACUGUUUAGUUGCAAUUUGAUAACAUUUAGCCAUUAAUUAUGAUUAUUUGUGUUCACUGAUACCAGCGCGCACACACACACACACACACACACACACACACACAC